GUAACAGUAAACACUACCAGACGUUUCUGGGAUAGUUACUUAAUUAUAGUCUACGCCAAUAUGAUAUAAAGUUGAUUGGUGUUGUAAUAUUUUUAUAUAUUAACUGAAAUCUUCCUUGGUUAUAUAUAUUUAAAUUAGUUUCAUGAUGCUCAAAAGAGAAAAUAAAACCAGAACACAAUUCUUCUUGAUAUGAUAGACAUUUUCCCAUCCUAUUCACUUGAAAUAUCACUGAUUGAUGUAAGUCAUGGAAGACUAUAAAUUCUUAUUUAAAGUUGUUCUUGUUGGAAAUGCCGGUGUAGGAAAAACAUGUUUAGUAAGAAGAUUUACACAAGGUUUAUUUCCUCCAGGCCAAGGUGCUACUAUUGGUGUGGAUUUCAUGAUUAAGACAGUGGAAAUAGAAAAUGAAAAAGUCAAGCUUCAGAUAUGGGAUACAGCUGGUCAGGAGAGGUUUCGUUCUAUUACCCAUAGUUAUUAUAGAUCUGCCCAUGCUUUAAUAUUAGUAUAUGAUAUAAGUUGCCAACCUACAUUCGACUGUUUACCUGAUUGGUUGAAGGAAAUUGAAGAAUAUGCUAGUAGCAAGGUUUUGAGGGUCCUUGUUGGCAAUAAAAUUGAUAGAGAUGAUCGUGAAAUUCCUACACAUGUCGGUGAAGAUUUUGCUCAAAGGCAUAAUAUGUACUAUUUAGAAACAUCGGCUAAGGAAUCUGAUAAUGUGGAAAAUUUGUUUGUUAAAAUUGCAACAGAGCUCAUGGAGCAAGCAAAAAGCAAAGAACUGCCCCGAUAUGAUGAAAUUAAUUCUCAAAAUAUCAACAGAAGAACUACUUCAAUUGAUGUCACGUGUUGUGGAAACUAAUAACCUAUAUUUGAUUUAAUUUUGUUUAUAAAUGUGAUUUUAUCUCAUGAGCACAGGUUUGGGAAAGAUAAUAAUUAUUGAAUGAAACAAUACUUAUAACUCACUAUCUCAACUUUUUAAUUGUUUUCAUAUUUUACCCAUCACUCAUGUUUAAAACUACUUCAACAGAGUAGUUUCUUUUCUUCAUUGAAGUUUUGUGUAUCCUAUAUUUAAUGUUUAAUUAAAUUUAUUAUAUUUAACAAAUCAAUCCAUAAUUCAAUUAAUUUAUGAGUUAUUUUUAAUUAAUGUUAUAGUUUUAUAAAAGAUACAUAAUUUUUGUAAAAGAGGAAUUGAAAUUAAAACAUAGUUAUAUCAUAUUUGGCAUUAAUAAUAUUUUUAUAAAACUUGAUAUUUUAUUCCAAGUUGAAUAUGAAAUUUUCUGAAUUUCACUUUGCGGUAUCUUGAAAUGUAAUGUAACAGAAAGAUCUUGUACAAUUAUUGACAAAAAAUGCACAUAGUUUUACUAAUUUUAAUGUGGAAUUUGUAAAUAUUUACUGUUCUAUAUUUUCAGAAAGUGUAAUAUGUUCAGAAUUUAUCAGAGAACUUAUUUAAUAAUUUUAUUCUCGCAAGCUCAUAUGAAAAUAUUAUGCUUCAUAGAUAAGAA